GUAGUUUCCAUUUGUUCCUGUAAUCCGUGGACGUGCAAACGUAGCAAAAUGUGCGAUUCGGAUAGCGAAGAAUUUGCGAGCGCUGACGAGGCUUUUGAGGAGAUCGAACCAGACGAGCUGGAAGAGGUGCUUGGAAGUGUAAAGCCGUCGGAUGUGUCGUCGAAGAAACCGUCAGCCAAGGAAACAUCUGCAAAAUCUGACGUGGAUGUUGUACGCACUUCAACUGCAAAUGCCAAUGCGUCGGAGGACACGAAAACCAGUCCCAUCAAGGAUAGUGCUGAUGAAAAUGCUAGCACGACUGGUGGUUCUGAAGAGAAAACAGGUGCUCCCAUUGAGGAGAUUUCCAAGGUUGCCCAUCAUGAGGAUGCCCGUAUGAAAGAGGUGGACAAUUUAGAUGCGCCAACGAUGACAAAGGCGGAAAACGAUAAAGGAACAGAGUCAGUGUCCGUCAGUAAACCAGCAUAUGCAUUACAACAACCUAAUGUUUCCCCAAAAGAUGAGGCGGAGAAUCGGUUGGAUGAAGGUUUGAAGAACGAUAAAAUCCCCGAAGUGCCACCCGUGCUUCAAGCAAAACCCCCGACACAAGCCUCUGAAGAGUCGGUGAAACCGAAAAAGUUAAUCCUUAAACCCGCCAAACCACAGGUUUUCGAAGAGCCGAAGAAGCCAAUGGUGAAGAAAGCUGAUCCAGAACCUCCGGUACGGAAACAAGCGGAGCCUGAAGCGACGGCCGAAGAAGGUUGGGAUGAUUUUGACGAUGAUUGGGGCGAUUUUAAUGUCGACGGCGGGGAUGGUUCGCAAAAGGUUGUGGCCGCUAAAUCCAAAACAGACGCUGGGGAAGAGCAGCGCUCCUCCAAGGCCAGUUUCAAGGACGUUGAUAUUGAUGACGUUGAACACAAGUUGAAGGAUUUUAUGACACACAAGGACGACCCACCGCUAACGUCCGUGCUCGACCGGUUAUCGACGAACGACGAGAAGCAGUCCGCCGGACAGUCGUGGGGUAGCUGGAAGCCAUCGUGGAGUGGAGCGGCCGUAUCGUUCCUUUCUACCGCAUCCAAAUCGGUCGCCUCCAUUACGACCAACAUUACGCAGGUGAUCGAGUCCGGUAUCGGAGUGCCCAACCCGGAAGAUUUGGCCCGCCGGCAGGCGGAGAUGGAAGCCAAAAUGAAAGCCGAAGGAUACCUCCGGGAGGAAAGUGAGGAAGCAGAAUCGACCUCCACGGCAAAACCAUCCGAUGAUCGGUUCGGGUUCGAUCAGCUCGUUUCGGGCGUGACGCAGAUCAGUAGUAAAGUCAUUACCGGAGGAUUGGAUACGCUCGAGGGAAUCGGCAAGAAAACGAUGACCAUCUUGCAGGAGAACGAUCCGGGGUUGCUGAACAAACGGAAACUGCUCGGGCUGCAGCCCAACGAUGGUGUCAUCCUGAGCCAGGUGCUGCGGGAGGCGAAAGCGAAGACGGAGGAACGCGAGCGCAAUCUGAAACAGAUCCAGAAGCAUCAGUACAAGAAGAAGCUUCACUUCGAGACGCUCUUCGACGACUACCAUGGGCUCGUUCACCUGGAGGCACUCGAGAUGCUCUCGAAGCAGGCCGCCCUAAAGUUGGAAUCGUUGAUGGCACCGUUGACGGGGAAAGCGCUCGAGGAUCUGCAGGAAACGAUGAGCGAGGUGAAGGAACUAUGCGAGCUGCCCGACAUGGACCACGACGAUGCGGAUGGGCGCCAUACGGCGGACGAGCUGGAGGCGAAGCUAAAGGAAGCGAUUGUCGAUCUGGAUCCGAACCUGAAGGUGGAUUUCAGUGAGAUCCUUAAAAGCUGGACCGAGUACACGGCAUGGAUCGACGACGGACGGGCAGAAGACCGGACGGCGCAGGAUAUCUUCGAGAAGGCCAUGCGAGCGCUAGCCCAAACGACGGCCCUGUGCGUGCUGCGGAUGCAUAAGCUGGCGGAAAUUUUACUCAUCAGCGAACACCACAGUACGGCCACCGAGGCGGAUGUGGUGGUACAGCUGACGACGGUUUUCUGCUGGCAUUUGAGUGGCGUCGCGACCCGGUUUUGCAGUGAGUUAACCAAGGUGAAGGAUGAAUGCGCAGAUGAAAGUGAUAACGGGCUUGUUACGAAUAUAUUCCUCGAGGGAUCCAAUAGUACAUCGUACAUUCAGAAUGCGUUCCAACUUUUUAUACCGAUUCUGCAGAUGGGGGCUGCCUAAAGCGCGCCGAGAUUUGUUGUCCGCAGGGACUCUUCCACCAGCAUCACCACACGACGUCGGAGACG